ACCAGACCAGACCAGCCGAGUCCUCAGUCCUCAGUGAGCCGGAAAGUUCUGGAGAGGAACCGGGUCAGAAAGAGAGAGACCAGCCUGGAUCCACAGCAGAACCAGGGACAUCCAUCUAUUUACACUGGGACUCAGUUUGACUCGUCAAGACUGGAAAAGAAACUGAACCGACAGCUGACUGACGACACGUUGCGCAACCGAGACAAUAAUACAACAACGAGACAAAGACGUCAUCCUCCAGUUCUCCCAGUAGCAGAGCUGCUGGUCCCAGUUCAGACUCUUCAAGGUGGAUUUUUUUUUUUUUUUUUUAUUUUAUGUCUUCAACAACUUCUGGUCCACAGACCGACAGAGAGACUAUCUGCUCCAAGCUGACUCUACUGGGUUUCUACUGGUUUCCUGUUGACCUGCAGUCCCAACCAGUCUGUCUGUCUGCAGAGCACAAGAUGAGCAUGGGCAUGACCGCAGCUCGGUCUCAGGUGUGUCUGAAGAGGCUACUGGACGAGCCCCAGGACAUUGUGAAAUGUAAAGUAGCUCGUCUGGAUCCGAACCCUCCAACCACCGGCCUAUCACACUGCCUCAGGCCCAGAAGCCCCGCCCCCAAGUCCAACCAGAGCCAAUCCCCAUCCAGAGUCGGAUCUUACUUCCUGUUUGAACGCUGCGAGGGGGAGAAGAGCUACAGGGCCGAGCACGCACACACUAAGCAGCAAUACACCUGCCAGGUGCUUCCUCUACGUGGUUACCAAGAGCGGUUGGCAGCCUACGCCCGCAUCGGUCACCAUGACAACAUCUGUGGCCUGCUGGACGUGGUGAUUGGCCAGGACAGCGUGUACGUCUUCCUGCCCGGUCACUACGGCGACAUGCACGCGUACGUGCGAAGCCGGAAGCGUCUCGCUGAGGAGGAGGCGGGGCAUCUGUUCACUCAGAUGCUGAACGCCGUGAUGCACUGCCAUCAGCACGGAGUCGUCCUCAGAGACCUGAAGCUCCGCAGGUUCGUCUUCACCGACAAAUACAGGACGCGUCUCGCUCUGCUCGGCCUCGACGACUGCGUCCUCCUGUACGGUAACCACGACGACGACUCUCUGACGGACAGACACGGCUGCCCCGCCUACGUCAGCCCCGAGCUGCUGACCAACGGGAACCGGUCUUACUCGGGCCGCGCCGCGGACAUCUGGAGCCUGGGCGUGUCUCUGUACACCAUGCUGAUUGGACGAUACCCGUUUCAGGACACGCAGCCCGCCGCGCUGUUCGCCAAGAUCCGCCGCGGGGCCUUCAGCGUGCCCGACUGGCUGUCGCCGCAAGCCAAGUGUCUGAUUGGCUGCAUGCUGAGGAAGUCGCCCGCCGAGAGGCUGACGGCGUCGGAGCUGCUGAUGCACCCGUGGCUGACCGGCCCGCGCACGCCACAUCACAACAUUAACAAGACGCAUCACAGCUCGCAAAAAACACUACAGAGUAAACGAGAGGACGAUGACCAGGUGGUGCCGACGUGGACGGAAAAACACUGACACACGAUUGUACCUCUAUACUUGUGAGGACACACAUUGAUAUAUUUCAUCACUUUAGCUGCUCACUGAACUUCACCUAAACCUGAUUCUGACUUUAACCCUAAAACAAAAUCCAAACCCUCAAACAUCCUUCAGACAAAGCGUCCCACAGUGUUACUAUAGUAACUGAAAGGACGACAAACAAUGCUUGCCAAUUACCUUUUCUUCCACGACCAAGACUAUGACGAGACGGAUCGGACCUCAAUAAACACUAACUUUGACGAUAUCAACAUGCAAUAUUGAUGAGGAAAUAAGACGAGAUUAAAAUGUUAUUUAAAAAAAUAAAAAGUUAACCAAAAUCGCUCUUUGUUUUUGUUGACAAAAAAAGAGGUGACUGACAUUUAUUCAACAGUUUUAAUUAACAAAGACGAUAAUAAAAUAGUUGAAUAAUACAACUUAAAUGCCCAGACUUAGUCAAAUAAAUCUUGACUGAAGUAAACAGGAUAAGGUGGACUAAAUAUGAUAAGAACACAUGUGGACAUUCGACACAGGACUCUGAAAAAAUAAAAAAAUAGCUGAAAAACAAACAGUCCUCACAACCCUUUCAAAAACUGAAGCUGGUCCUCACAAAGAUAGACAUACAAGAACACACACACACACACACACACACACACACACACACACACACUACAUAGUCUGAUCCUGGAUUACUUGACUCGACCUUCAUGUGCCUUCCUCUCGCUGUGUCUCAAUUCAAGCUCUGCCAGAUUCAUAUCAGCGUCACCAGCUCCACCAGUACCUGACACAAAACCAGAACCAACGGUGUGUUCAGGUGCUGUUUGUCAACUCGUAAAGUGGAGAAUUUCCCAGUUCUCCUUCAACAAAGUAACAUCCUUCAGGGGCGAUUCGAUUGAUCCACUUCGACACCAGAUUACAUGAUUAUUUCUGAUUGAAGACGUUGAUGAAGACUGAACAAACCGUUGGUUUUAAAGUGGACUCUGAAGGAGGCGGAGCAUAAAAUGGGACACAGCUACUUUACGUCAGUGUUUACACUUCCUGGUUGCAUUAUGAGAGAAGGAUCGGUCAGUGUUGGAAAGUGACCAGACAUUUUACUGUAAAAACAGAAAUAGCCAGUUUAAAUUCAGUGUCACAUCCUUUAGUGAAUAGCUGCCACGAUCACUGAACAUAUUUUCCUGACGGUUAUUCUCUGGAUCAAAACUUCAUUUAAUAAUUCUUUUUUUGUGUUAAUCAUGAAAACGAUUAUUUAAAAAAAAAAA